AUGGAACUAGGAGCAGUUGACUAUUCAUUAUUAUCGAGUCCAUAUGAUAGUUUUAUGCGAAAGCAUUUACAACAUUAUGGUUAUUUUUCGGGUCGAGCUGAUAUUAUAAAAAAAUAUGGUUUUCUACCAUCAAAAGCUCAACUUGCUUCAUCAUCAAGUGAUUUAGAAUCAAGUGGUAGUGAAGAAGAACAUGAAAAAUACAAAAAUAGAUCUUCUGCUUCGGAAGUGAAAUUACCGAUACGACAAGCUCGUGUUCCAAAUUUAAAUCCAAGAGUUACUUCAAAUGAAGAAUCAUCAUUUGAACCUCGUUGGCCUAGUGAAAUAGAAGUAUUAAAUGAACCACGUAUUAAACAUAUAAAUAUUCCACCGUCUCAACCUGAAUAUUUUUAUAAACCAACUACCGAUCAUGGACCAUUUGUACGUAGUUUUGAUGAAAAUAAUGGUCGUAUUGUUUAUAAUUAUAAUCCAGAAACAAGUGGUUAUUUUGUUCGAUCUCGUGUUGGAGGUAAUAGAGAAGGUUGUCGAUCAGCAGCUGUUUCACUUCAAAACACCGAAGAUACGACUGUUUUAUUUGAAUCACGUUUUGAAAGUGGAAAUUUAAUGAAAGCUGUUCAAGUAGGUGAAUUUGAUUAUGAACUUUAUCUUCGAUAUGAUCUUUAUACAAAACGAAAUACUCAAUGGUUUUAUUUUCGUUUACAAAAUAUUCAAACUGAUAAAAGAUAUCGAUUUACUAUUGUAAAUUUUUUUAAAUCUACAAGUCUUUAUAGUUCUGGAAUGAGACCUUUAUUGUAUAGUACUGAGGAUGCAGAAAAUAAAGGUAUCGGUUGGCGACGAUGGGGUGAAGAAAUUGUCUAUUAUAAAAAUAAUCUACUUGCUCCUGAUAAUACAACAAAUAUGUAUUCUCUCACUUGGACAUGUAAAUUCCCGAAUAAUAACGAUACUUAUUACUUUGCUCAUUGUUAUCCAUAUACAUAUUCUGAUUUACAAGAUUAUCUUAAUGAAAUACAAACUGAUCGAUUUAAAAAUGAAUAUUGUAAACAAAAAGUUCUUUGUCGAACAUUAGCUGGAAAUUUUAUUUAUAUGCUUACAAUAACAAAUCCUACACCUCCACAAGCUAUUAAUAUAUGUUCACCUUCGGAACAUCAAGGAAAAAAAGGUGUUGUUGUUACAGCACGUGUACAUCCAGGUGAAACGAAUGGAUCAUGGAUGAUGAAAGGUUUAAUGGAUUUUCUACUUGGUGAUUCAGCUGAUGCUAGACUUCUUCGAGAUAAUUUUAUAUUUAAAAUAAUUCCUAUGCUUAAUCCCGAUGGAGUUAUUGUUGGUAAUUAUCGUUGUUCAUUAUCUGGUCGUGAUUUAAAUCGAAAUUAUAAAACAGUACUUAAAGAUGCGUAUCCAUCUAUAUGGCAUACAAGAGAAAUGGUUAAAAGAUUUAUGACAGAAACUGAACUUGUUCUUUAUUGUGAUUUUCAUGGUCAUUCAAGAAAACAAAAUGUUUUUGUUUAUGGUUGUGAGAAUAAAAAUGCGCCAAAUGAAAGACUAAAAGAAAGAAUAUUUCCAGCAAUGUUAUCAAAAAAUGAUCCAUCAAAAUUUUCAUAUGAUUCAUGUAAAUUCAAAGUUCAAAAAAACAAAGAAGGUACAGGACGUGUUGUCAUGUGGUCGUUGGGUAUUAUGAAUAGUUAUACAUUAGAGGCAACAUUUUGUGGAUCAACUCAAGGUGAACGAGCUGGUCAACAUUUUAAUACAAAAGAUCUUGAAUCAAUUGGUUAUCAUUUUCUUGAUUCUUUACUUGAUUAUUGUGAUCCAGAUGAAACAAAACGUGAUCGAGUAUUAUAUGAAUUGGAAGAUAAUUUACGUCAUUCAAUACAAAUGAAACUUUUGGCACGUGGUAUGAAUCCAGGAUCAUUGGCAGAUAUUGAUCUUGAUCAAUUUUCAUCAGACGAUGAUUCAAGCGAGGAUGAUGGAUCAGAUUCAUCAGUUGAUGAUGGUUUACCAAAACAUUUAGAAGUUAUUGCAGCAGCAAAUAUUCGAUUAAAGAAAACACGAAAGAAAGUUUUACCAGCAAAAGAUACAAAAAAGAAAGAUGAAAUCGAUAAAGAAAAUUCUGAUAAAAAUAAAACUAAUGGCUUACUCUUAAAUAAAAAUCGCAAUUCUCAAUUCCCAAAUAUUGCUUUAUUAGAAACUACGGUUAAUACUGAAACUGUACUAGAGACGGAUAUGGACAGCAAACAACGAAGAAAAAGAAGAACACGUGGUUAUGCUACUUAUCGUGUUUGCAAAUGUGUUGCCUGUUUAAAUGCACAAAUUCCGCGUACCGAAAUGCCCGUGGUCAAUGAAUUGGCUAAAUCAAGACCAUCAAUGUCUGCUCGUCGAUUACAUAAUUGUAAUAGUGAUCCUGUUCGAAUCGAAGGUGCAACUGGUUUGAUAAACCGCUCAAAUCGAUGGCCAAUAUUAGCACCGACAUCAAUUUCAAAUAAUCGUCAAUCAACAGCUGAUGAAAGAGCAAGACGAUGCCAGGCUGAAGCUUAUAAACUUUUAACUCGUGAUGUACCAACUAAUGAUCGUGAAAAACAAUCGAUAACACAUCAACAACUUUUGGACACUAUUUUACUAACAUCUUCUUUAUAUCGAACUCAAAAAUCUGUCAUAGAGAAAGACGAUUUAGUUCGUUAUUCAUCAUCUCAAACGAAUGAUACUCAUGAACUAACCUUGUUAAAUGACUCUCGAGGUGCAUUUACAACCACUUAUUUACUUCGACGACUUAACAAUCUCGAACGUGAAUCAGCAAUUACGACAAAUAUUGCAUCAUCAAUUCAACAAUCGUUACUACCAGCUUCAAAUGUUGACGUAGAUACUACGAAUCCGUUAACAACCGAUAAUGAAACUGAUUUAGAUGCAAGUCGAACAACACUAUUAAAUCAAGAUGAUGAUGGAAGACAUUUAAGAAGUUCUUAUGUUACGAAUCGUGUUUCUUCACAAUUACAAGAACGUUUAAUUGGCCCACCUCGGCGACCGAGAUCUCUAACAAGUUCUUCACAAAAUCGGACUAUCAUCGAUGUUCAAAAUAUUCAACCUACGAAUCAAAAUCGACAAUCUGGAUUACAACAAUAUCAAAAACAAAGAGUGAUGCCAAAAUAUGAUGAAAGAAGAUCUCGUGAUUCAUUAGUAAAUGAUGAUAAUUCAUCGUCAACUAUUUCUAGACUUGUUUCUGUUACAUCAAAUAAUACAACUUCUCGUCAAGAUGUGGGAUCAUUAAAUAGAUUACAAACAAUCAGGUCAUCAAAUGUGAAAAAAUCUUCCAAGUGA